AGUAUAAACGUGUUCCUCCAAUCACAGAAUACGGGGCGGUGCUUUAUUACCAUGCUAUAAUACCGAAAGGAACCUGAUAGCACGGAAAAGAAAAGCCGGGUGCACACAGUUUACGAAAACUGAAUCUUCGUGGUUGUGAGAUAAAGUGGAAUUCAACAACAGACAGCAUCUUCCAGGUUUCAAUACCGAGAUGUCCGUCACAUUAUGCUCAUGGUUCCUGCAUUGUGCCAAGCGUAGCGUCCUCUCCGUCUCCCGUUGCCAGCAGCACAGACUCUACAAUAGGUGUUGCUGCUCUCCUCACAAUUUGGUGACAUGGGCCAAAAGAACCCGGCUCUCCAGUUCCUCCUCCCAUAGCGGCAGUGAUCUGGGUCCAGGUAGUGUGCCCCGUGCCCAGCGCCAUUCUUCAACCCGUGAGGACCUGGACUUCCAGCUGACUGAGGCACAAAUGAAUGGCAUGCUGAGAGCCAAUGAGCAGGCCGUGCGCAUCCCGGAGUUUGACGGCAGGGGCCUCAGCGCUGUGCUCAAGUACGAGAGCAACCAACUGCCGGCCAACACGCCGAACGAGGACCGACGCAGCGCUUCCACUUGCCUGCAAACCAAGGGCAUGAUGUUUGGUGUGUUUGACGGUCACGGGGGCUAUGCCUGCGCACAGGCGGUGAGCGAGCGGCUUCUCUACUACGUGGCGGUGGCCCUCAUGUCCCAGAGGAGCCUGGAGGAGGUAGAAGACGCCAUGGAGAACCUCCGGCCCGUGCCGCCCAUCCUGCAGUGGUACAAGCACCACAACGAUUACAAUUACCGGGAAUCGGCCUCGCUGUACGUGGAGCAGCUGCGGCUCUUCUGGCAGGAGCUGCUGGACAGUGAGGAGCACGGGGAGGGCAUGCCCCCUCGCGACGCCCUGGACUACGCGUUCCGGCGGCUGGAUGCUGACAUCUCGCUGGAGGCCCAGGUCCCGCUGGACAGCGACCUGAUGAGGAACACGGCCCUGCAGGUGGCGUUUGCCGGCUGCACGGCCUGCGUGGCGCACGUGGACACGGAGGGGAUCCACGUGGCCAACACCGGGGACUGCCGCGCCGUGCUGGGCGUGCAGGAGGACGACGGCAGCUGGAGCGCUCUGCCCCUCUCCCAUGACCACAACGCCCUGAACGAGGCCGAGCUGGACCGGGUGCGGUCGCAGCACCCGAGGACGGAGCGGGGCACGGUGGUGACGGACGACCGGCUGCUGGGGAUCCUCAUGCCCCUGCGCGCCUUCGGGGACGUGCGCUUCAAGUGGAGCCGGGACCUGCAGCAGAGCGUGCUGGAGAGCGGCUGCGACCUGGAGUCCCUCAACAUCUACCAGUACACGCCCCCCAACUACCACACGCCGCCCUACCUGGAGGCCACCCCGGAGCUGACCUACCACAGGCUGCGGCCCCAGGACCGCUUCCUGAUCCUGGCAUCGGACGGGCUGUGGGACAUGCUGGGGGAGGGGGAGGCGGUGCGGCUGGUGGCGGAGCACCUGACGGGCGUGCACCUCCAGGCCCCACUGUCGGCCAGCGAGCGGCAGAUCAGCCUGGGCCAGAUGCACAGCUUGCUGCUGCAGCGCCGCGCCCGGGCCGCGCCCGUGCUGGACCCCAACUCCGCCACGCACCUCAUCCGCCACGCUGUCGGCACCAACGAGUACGGCGAGAUGGACCGGGAGCGUCUCUCCGCCAUGCUGGCGCUGCCCGAGGACUUGGCCCGGAUGUACCGGGAUGACAUCACCGUCACUAUCGUCUACUUCAACUCCAACCUCAUUAAGCCCUCUGAUGCCUAGGAUGAGACAUUGCAUGGCUACCCCUGAACUUGUAUGGCCACAGUAAUCGCUUUUCUGUCAGUGAUGGGGUCAGUCUCAUUUAUGUUCUCAGUGUAAAUACCUAGUCACACGUUACUGAAACAUCAAAUCUGACUUUACAACACUUUUUUAAGGACUUCUCUCACUUUUGUCUGAAAAAAGUAGUUAAAUGCUGGAAGUUAUAUUUGCUUAUCUGAAGGUGCUUCAGGUAAAGAUGCAGGAUUCGUGGAUUCCCCUUUGGAUAUGGUGAUCUCCUAUCUCCUUCAUAAGCCUUACAAUGUAAUCAGACUCAGUUAUAAUGUGCAUGUGUAUUUCUUACACGCAAAUAAGGCUUUUGUCAUUGUCAUACUUGACACACAGUUGUUAAGUAUAUAAUCUAAGAGGGAUUCACUGAGACAUUCCCAGUUGGUAGAAUCCUGCUUCUUCAAAAAGUUCAUCUCAAUAUACUGUUAAACCUUUUUAUAAAUAUCAAAAUGGAAAAUUCUAAAUAUUUUUAACAAUCAAUAUUGAGAUACGGUAUGUGUGCAUAUAUUUUGUUUACCUUCUUACCGUCUUUACUCUGAGACUUCUCUCAUACCUUUACUUUGUAUGGAACAAUUGAAGGUCACUGUACUUACACUACAUUUUUUAUAUUCACAAUGUGAUAAUAUGAAUCUAUGAAUUGCUUUCAUAUAAAAUAUUAGUCAGGUCCUUUGCACCCCAGAAUUCGCACUGUCCAUUCAGUCCUUGUGUUAAAUACAUGAAAACACGGCAUGGGUCAUGUUGUGUAGUCACAUUAUUAAAUGGUUGGUUCUGUAAAUCAGUAAAUCUGCUGCAAAUGUUUAAUGUGCUCUUGUGGGUCAGUGAUUCAAGGCUAUGACCCAGGAAAUGUUUUUGAGGGAGAGUUACGGCUACGUGACAUAGCCUAACUGAACUUGGCUACAGUAUGUGCUCACUUCGACUGACCGCUAAAAAGCAAUACCAAGGUCUUUUUUAGAAUAUUUGUGCGCUGCAUUACAAAUAUUUAUUAGUUUUGUGACUGGUGUUUGUGUGUGAUGCAUUUUUGUUGUGCUUUCUGUUUACUGUGAUGAUCUGAUGUGAAUGUGAAGGAUAUUGAUUUCUGAAGGAACAGGACAAUCUGGCACUUUCUGUUUGUGCUCCGUGUGCCCAACUCCAUGUGCCAACUAGUGUACCUUGUUUUUCUGUUACAAUGCCAUUGUCAAUUUUCCAAUGUUUUCCAGAAUAAGAGUUCUCAGUUUUUGUCUAUUUAUUUAUUUCUUGCUUCACUGCUUUCUGUUGUCCGUUGGCUUUAAGUAGAGUGUUCCAAAAAUGUGUUUCUUACCAACAACCCCCUGUAAAACUGUUACCAGUCUUGUGCUAACAUAGUUCAUUAUCCAUAAUGUUGUGUUAGAAAUUGAAAAAUGGUAAAGCUAUUAAACUGUAGGUUUGUUCGCAAUUACCUUUUUUUUCCACAGGAAAUUAACGGUGAUAAAAUAAAACAAAAAGAUUAUUGGAUCAA